AUGGGAGACUGGUCCAUUCUCGGACGCUUCCUGUCCGAGGUGCAGAACCACUCCACAGUGAUCGGCAAGAUCUGGCUGACCAUGCUGCUGAUCUUCCGCAUCCUGCUGGUGACCCUGGUGGGGGACGCGGUGUACAGCGAUGAGCAGUCCAAGUUCACCUGCAACACCCUGCAGCCCGGCUGCAACAACGUCUGCUACGACACCUUCGCCCCCGUCUCACACCUGCGCUUCUGGGUCUUCCAGAUCGUCUUGGUCUCCACGCCGUCCAUCUUCUACAUCGUUUACGUCCUGCACAAGAUCGCCAAGGACGAGAAGCUGGAGAUCCAGAAGGGGCAGGUGAUGGCUGAGCGGACCUCCAAGAAGUUCUUUGGGCAGCUGGGAAGGGAAGGGCUGGAGAACAUGGAGACUGGUAUGCCCACCUACUGCCCUGGGUACAGGGAGGAGUGGGUUGGUCAGGAAGCGGAGGGGGUGGAGCAGAGCCUGCUGGAGGAGGACUAUGGGGAGUUGGGGGAGGAUCCCAGUCAGCUCUCCAGCCAGGUGCUGCUCAUCUACAUCCUGCACGUGCUGCUGCGCUCCGUCAUGGAGAUCACCUUCCUGGUGGGGCAGUACUACCUGUUUGGCUUCGAGGUGCCUCAACUGUACCGCUGCGAGACAUACCCCUGCCCCACCCGCACAGACUGCUUCGUGUCACGUGCCACUGAGAAGACCAUCUUUCUCAACUUCAUGUUCAGCAUUAGCGUGGGCUGCUUUGUGCUCAACAUCGCAGAGCUGCACUUUCUGGGCUGGGUCUACAUCUUCCGCGUACUGUGCUCCGCUUGCUCCACCUGCUUCCGCCCUGAGAGGAACCCUGUGGGGCUGUACGACCACCACAACCCUCUGCUGCUGCAGCUCAAACACUCUCUGAGGGGCAGGGUGGUCCUGGAGACUCCCACUCCCAUGGCCCAGGAGAAGGCUGGGGGCCACCUGCUCACUCAUGCCCCAGCCAUCUCCUUUGAGACCGAUUCUACUGUGGAGUGCACCUCCAAGAGGACUCCGGAAGAGAGGGACCGGGUUAAGGUUAAACUGGCCAACAUGGCCAAGAUGGAACGGACUAAGAAGUCUUGGCUGUGA